AUGGAAACCAGUAGCAACAAACACCAGGAAACUAAAAACAAAGAGGACAAAUCGCAACUCAGCCAACAACUAGAAACAAACAAUGACAUGGAAGAUCAACAUGAAGAAGACAAAAUAGAAAAGGAAGCAACUCAUCAGAAUAAACAAGAGAAAGAGGGGCGACAUUUGAAGGAGCAGAAAAAAAGACAAGCUCAGAAAAACAAGAAGAAGAAGGCCAAAGAAAAGAUUGAAUAUGCUCAGAAGUGUGAUGAGCAACUCAGAGAAACUUUAUGGGAUGACCUUAGACUAAUUGCUAACAACUCAAACUUUCCUUGGAUGGUGGUAGGUGACUUCAAUUGUAUUCUUGCCCCAGAAGAAAAGAGAGGAGAAGAGCCUGAUUUUUUGGAUAUUGUUAAGGAUGUAUGCGCUAUUGAAGCUAUUGGAACUCCCAUGUGGAUGUUUCACUUGAAGCUUAAGAAUGCUUGCAAAAAGCUCUCUGAAUGGUCUAGGAAUACUCUGGGUAAUAUUUUUGAAACCACUAAAAAGAUGGAAGCUAGGAUUACUCAACUGGAAGAAAUGUGCAUAAGAGAUAAUUCAGAGAAAAAUAGGAUGACUUAUAAUAAUGCUAAUGCAUUGCUGAUCCAACAUGUGAAGAAGGAAGAAGCCUUUUGGAGGCAAAAAGCUGGACUUAAAUGGAUUACUGAUGGAGAUGCUAAUACCAAGUUCUUUCACUCUGUCAUCAACACUAAGAGAAGAAAGAUACACAUGAACAAGAUCAAGAAGGAAAAUGAUACUUGGAUUGAAGGGGAGGAUAAUAUUGCCUCAGAAGCUGUCAAAUUCUUUGAAGAUCAAUUUACCUUUCAAGAUGUGGAUGAUGGCCCCGCUGUUCUGAACUGUCUUCCACGAGUUAUUAAUGAUGAGGAUAACAAUAUGCUGAAAGAUAGACCUACUCUUGAAGAGCUGAAGAACGUUGUUUUCACUCUUAGCACAGACACCGCUCCUGGACCUGAUGGUACAUCGAGAAAGUUCUACCAACACUGUGGGGAUAUCAUAGCUCUUGAUUUAUUUAGCAUGGUUACUAGUUUUUUUGCAGAGCUUGUUCAUAACAUCAAAAAGCCUAAUGUAAAUUGUAAUGUUAUCAUGAAAUUGGAUAUGACAAAAGCUUUUGAUAGAAUGUCUUGGAAAUUUCUUGGUAAUGUCAUGAGAAAAUUUGGUUUUUCUGAAGAGUGGAUUGGCAUGAUUUGGAAAUUUCUUUCAAAUAAUUGGUACUCUAUCAAUAUUAAUGGCAAUAGACAUGGUUUCUUCCAUUCAGGCAGAGGCAUAAAACAAGGUGAUCCCCUUUCCCCAUCCCUUUUUAUUAUAGGUGCUGAGCUUCUUACUCGAUUAAUGGGUCAAUUAAAACUUGAAAGCUUUAUUCACUACUUUGUUGGUAAGAAAUGCCCUGUCAUUACGCACCUCAGUUAUGCAGAUGAUACUAUUUUGUUUUCUUCUGGUGACUCUCUUUCUCUGAUGGCCAUGAUGAACAAGCUCCAAAUUUAUGAAAAAUGUUCUGGACAACUAGUAAGCAAGAGUAAAUCUUAUUUUCUAGUAACUCCAAAAACCAACUACUACACCAUUCAAGACAUCAAUGGUAUUACUGGCUUGUCCCACUUUAACUUUCCCUUUAAUUAUCUUGGAAGUCCUAUUUAUACGGGCAGGAAAAAAGUUGUUUAUUUUGGAGGUCUUAUCUCCAAAGUUGUCUUGCUAAUUCAAUCCGGCAUGUGGAACCUCCAAAACCACCAUUUUCUUAUUGAGAAAUACAUUGCUAAUUUUUUUCGGGGUAACAAUGCCGGUAAGAAUAAAUAUCACCGGAAAGCUUGGAAGGAUCUUUGCUUUCCUAAAGAAGGCGGGGUUGGUUUCAGAUCCAUUCAAGAUAUGUGCUUGACUGCUAGUGCUAAGGUUUGGUGGAAUUUCAGAACUAGACCUUCUCUUCUCAGGGAAUUCAUGGAAGCUAAGUACUGUCCAAGGGCACAUCCCGUCUCUAAGAAAUGGGCCCCUGGACAGUCCCAUAUCUGGAAAAGGAUGGUCGAAAUUAGAAGAUAUUGUGAGCACAACAUCAAUCGGAAAGUGGGUAAAGGAAAUCUUUCCUUUUGGUGGACAACCGGAUCGGAAAGUGGCCCUUUAGCCCAACUCAUCCAUCAAGGUUACAAGUCCAAAAAGAUCAAAGUUUCAGACUACAUCAUUGAUGGAGAAUGGAACACUGACAACCUCCUCAAUUUAGUUCCUAACUCUAUGAUCAUGGACAUCAAGAAUAUCAAGAUUUACAAAGAUGGCAUUGACUUUCCUAUUUGGACUCCUGAUCAUAACAGGAUCUUCACUUGUAAAUUUGCUUGGAAAUCACUAAGAUUAACUAGGGCUAAUACUAUGACUGCUGCUAACUGUUGGCAUCCUAAGCUACCCUUCAAGAUUGAGAACACUAAUCAUCUUUUCAGAGAUAGUGAGCUAGCCAAUGGUAUAUGGAACUUUUUUGGUGCUAGCUGUGGUAUUAUCUCCAUCGCCAGAGAUAUUAGGGUGACUGCUAUGAACUGGUGGCUACAGAAGUCUAAUAGCAAAAUGGAUGCAGCAAAGAAAGGCAACCCAGCGGCUCGGGAGGAGGAGGAAUACUUAGAGAUGAGAAUGGACAUUUCUUGA